CAGGCAUGCAUGUGUAGCAGUAGCUUCCAACUUCCAGCUAAGCUGGCAGUGGCCAAAGUUGCACGGUGCUUUGCAUGUGACCGCAUCUUGAUCCUUCAAAGCUAUGGACAAGGAUCGGGAUGGCUUGAAAAGCUUUGCCGACCUGACAAAUGUCAAGCCUGGGCGGAAAGAAUGUGAGGGCAAUGAGGGCAAGGGCACUGCAAGAGCCUGGAUGUCCCCAAAGUUCCUGCAGGUGGGCCCAGCCCAAAAAAAAGAUGGCAAGGCGCACUUCGCGGAACACGUCUACUCCGACAUGCGCGCCUUCGCAGCCUUGCUGGCAAAAAGAUUUGGCACCCUUGAAGAGGCGUACCACCACUUCGAUGGCAAUAGGAACAACCAGCUGGGAAUGACAGAGUUCGUCUCUGGAGCCAAAGCUUUGCGCUUCAUGGGCAAUGCCAGAGCUGUCUUCAAGGAGCUGGACAGGAACAACAAUGGUCACAUCUCCAUCCAGGAGUUCAAAGUGCUUCUGGUUUUGAAUGUCACCGAGGAUGAAGCUGUGGCAUCAAAGACAAAGCGCGAUCAGGUUGUCGAAAGGAAGCAGCGCUCUCCAAUUCAGCCGCCAGGCAGGCAUGAGCGAAGUGUUUGCCUUGCUUCUACACAUCUACAGCUUCCAGAGGCAGAGCAUAUAUCGUCCUCUGCUGGCUUCUACUCAUUUCCGCGGCUUUGCACGGGCCGUUCAGACCUUUUGCGGCAUCCUGAUGAAAUUCCUGGCUUUGACGCCGAGAUGUUUUCUAAAGAGCACGGGCCCGGCUUCUGCGCCAAAGGCCCUGAACAUUUCCCAGAGGUCAUGCCGGAUGGACAUCCAGUGCGUGGCAACAGGUUCAAGGUUGGAAGCGCUGUAUUGCGAUCAGAACGUUUUGGACCUGCUAUCCCUUCAGUGGAGGGGCGAAAGGACCUUGAGCACAGUGCGUGCAACUUCGCCACCUACGAAGGCAGGAUGCCACGCGUGAACUGGAGGAUAGAUGGGACGGGAGCGCAGGUGUUCCUGUCCAAACGGGAGCGCAUGGGGCUGAAAUCAGGCCUGUCUAGCUUUGGCAUCAAGCCAAAGUCUGUCGGCACACAUUCAAGAUCCACGCUGCGAUGGAAGUCACAGAGCGAGGCCUCGUUGAAGUAGGAGGACGCUUGAGAUUAAUCUAGUCACUUCACUUAGGGAAUGUUGGGUGCCAGAAUGGCAUGCUCGCACUCCAUUUGCGCAGUCUGGCGUGUUUCGCCACUAUGACUGCUUGCGCUUGCUGAAGCGUGCAUUGACC